CCAGCAGCGGGGCUGCAGCAGCUGCACCUGGCCGUUUGAAAGCGCUCCGCAACUCGUCCUGCUGCCGGCGCCAGGCCCGGCAUGAAAGCUGCUGCUGCCUAAGCGGGACGGUGCCGUUUGCUGCCUGCGCUCGGAAGAAUACUUCAAGAAUGAGUCCACCUCAAGAUAGAAAUAGAUAUUCCUGCAACAGCGAGCCUCUGGCAAAGUGCCUUCAAGCAAAGAAGGACUUGGAAACAGCUAUAUCUGGAAUUGUCAAAGCAGAACAACAGAUUAAAGAGAACUGGCGGGAGGUAAAAGCGAAGAUUCACAGCCACAUAAGUCGCCACCUGGAAUGCCUGCGCAGUCGCGAAGUUUGGCUGUUUGAGCAGGUAGAUCUCAUUCAGCAGCUGAAAGAGGAAGCAUUGCAGCAGCAGGCACAGCAGCUCUACUGGUAUCUGGGACAAUUCAAUUGCCUUAUUCAUCAGCUGGAACGCUCCUAUAGUAAGGAACUAGCAAACCAGAUUUCAGUUUGCCUGGAGAGGCUGGAAAGUCUUACUCUUAAACCAGAGGAGUCUUCUGUCCUGAAUUUUGAGGCUGACACAUCUUACCUUCGACAGGCAAUUACCUCAUUUGGUUCAAUUAAAACAAUGCAGACCUCUGAGAGAGAGAAUAUUUCUCCCUGGUUCCCAGGGCAGAAUUGUGCCCUAAUGGACUGUGGACAGCAGAAAACAUUGUGUGGGACAGUGAGUGCCUCACUUGCUGACUGGUUACUUGGAAGCCGACCUGCAAGUGUUUGCCAGGCUCCGUAUGUUCCCAGCACCAAUCUUGAAGAGUGGGUUACACAGAAAUGUGCGUCAGAGCCCAGCCAGGAUUUAAAUUCUUCCAAAGUCUGUUAUUUUGAGAAGGCCUGGGGAAAUCUGAAAGAUUUGGAAAACUGGCUCCUGCAGAACCAACAGCGUGAUGUUGCAGGGCAGACAGACUCCCCUGCAGAUAAGGACUCCACCUCGACUUUCAACUCAUCCUUUUCUACUAUAGAAAAGGUGGAGGAGUUGGAAUCCCUUGGACAAGAAGAGAUGGACCUUUCUGACUGGCUGCUCACUCCUGACACACAAAGUGGAAGUAGUGCCUCAGAUGAGAGAUGGAAGUAUGAAUUUAAACCUUUUAGGGAAGAAUGUAAUUGGAAUGAUUGGCUCCUCAAAGCUGAAACAUGUUCCAGUUGUUGUGGCAGCCAGACCAAAAGUGUGGAAAUUGAGAACCUGGGAAAUCUGAAGUGCCUGAACGAGCAUCUUGAUGGGAAGAAGUCACCCACUACACCUGCUGUAAAUACAUGGCUUCUUCAGUACCCCCAGGUCCCAUUUAAAGUAGAUGAUGUGUGCAAAGCUAAUGAGUUGUGUGCCAGCUUUUCAGAAUGUGUGUGUGAUGAAAACUGUGGAAAAGAGGCUCUGUGUAAAUGGCUCCUGAGGAAAGAAGGGAAGAAUAAAAAUGGAGUUUCAGUCGGCCAGAAAGAUGCACCAAACCCUGAGUGUGAGAAGACAAAGUCUGCUGCCAGUAGCUGGCUUAACCCUGCACAGCAGCUCACAGGGGAACCCAUUAGUGCGGAGAAAGCAGAUUCCUCAGCAGAGAUCUCAGAGCCUUUGAAAGUGUUGCUCGAAAGGCCUCUGACAAGCUGGCUAGCCAAGUCUGAGCACAAAGCAGAAAGCACAGAAGACAAGACAAGUAGAGAAAAAGCAGAUACUAGCUUCAAGAGUCCUUUCCUAGACCUCUUGGCUCCAUUCCAUCUGCCCUUGAAUGUAAACAGUUGGGUGUUGACUUCAAACCUAGAAAAUGCUAAUCCACCUCCAGCAGAGGAUAAAUGGCUCCUACGCAAGAAAGCGCAAGACUUUGGCCUUCCUACAGUGUGUGACCUUUUUGCCUGUAUGAAACUCAAUGGAGAUAAAGAAAAAUGGCUGUAUCAGACUCCUUUACAGAUGUGAAGAACUGGAAGCACUGAAAUUGUCCCCUUGCUGAUCAAUCGCACAUUACGCUGAGUGACUGCAGCCAGCUGAAUCCUUGUGUUUUGUGUUUGGCCAUCUGCUUUUUCUUCUAAAAUUAUAACAAAAGGAAAGAAUCUCAUAUAACAGAAUUAUGGUGCAGAAGAUGCCUUUUUGUUAUGAUUAAUUCUGAAAUGUAAACCCACUGAACAUAAGCAAUCUGAUACUAUAGAGGUGUUAGUAAAUUCCUAUCUGUUAUGGGACUAUGUGAAUCUUCUUUAAUGGGUUGUCACUUAAAGUGCCAGUGCAAGUAUAAAGCAAAAACUCUGGUGCUGUGAAGCAUCCACCGUGGGAACUGGCUUCAGAAGUUGCUGUUCCUUUCAGCUGCUUUAACUUUGUCAUGAGGUGGGUUCCAGCUUAUUUGGAUUGCAAGGCAACUUAGGCUGUAUUUGGAAGCGAUUUGCAUCUUGUAUUGGUGCGUCUCCCAGAUGAGUAUGUACAGUGCAGAUGAAUUCAUGGGACCUGACAUGUGACAGGGGAAUUAGUAACUUAAUUUUGAAUGGAACUCUUUCAGGUUUUUGAGCCAUUGAGAGAACAGUGUAGGUUUUUUUUAUGCAUCAGCAAAUCAGAUCCUACUGAGUCUCCAGCACUUCAAAAGUAUUUGAAUAUCACUGAAAAAGCUGUAACAUGGGUAUAUUUCUGCUAGUUGUACCUAUAUCAUUCAUAAUGACCUCUUAAUUGACUAAACCACUGGAAAGCAGGCAUUGUAGCCACAUAGUGUUUAAAGAUAGUAUUUGAGGAAUCUGAUGCCUUCUCAUCGGGCUGAUGUCAUGCUGUUUAAUGGGAAAACACUAACCAGGCAGACUGCGUGGCUCUCACUGAUCCAUUUGAAAGACAUUUCAUCUGUGAAUUUUCAUGCUGUUAUGCAUAGCAAAAUGGACCCAAAUGGCUCUGACCUCUAGAGCCGCAGGCAUAACUGAGCAAUACCACUUUAGUAUUUUGAGCCUACAAGAAAGUGCUGAGAUGUUAGAUGGAAAUGUGGAUCCUGCCUGUCAGCUUGCAUGAAAAACUGUGAAGUUCCUGGUGCAGCUUCUACUCACUCAAAAGAACCAAUCUUAAUGGGUAUAAAAAUACAGCUUCCUAUUCUCCCCAUUCCUGCAGCCUGCCUGGUAAUAAAAGUGAUUCCACUUCUUCACUAUCUCUUAGAAACUGCCAGUCUCUAACCUAAGAAUCACUUUGGAGCGUGAACACAUUGCUGACAGAACCUGUGCAUUUGGUUGAAAAUGAGUUUUUAGUCUGAGUGACACACUGCAUAUAUGGAACCACACCCUAAAAGUGCUUAACAUCAGUGGACCACUUGAGGCUUUUGUUUUUGGGGUUCACUUUCCCCCUUGAACAUGUCCUUGCUGCAUGGGAAGACAGCACUGUGACUAACUCCAUUAACAGCCUAAUUUGAUUAGCAGUUGAACUUGUUGGUGAUUGAUAUGCAGCCCACCUCUUAUAAUUCCUUGUAGUCGUCAUUGUGUGCUACUUUGUCAGUUCAUUAUGAGUCUUUACAACCUGGGGGUAUGUAUUCCUUUACUUACUCAACUGACUUGUUAUCACUAAUGGAUAUUUAUGUAAAACAUUUAUUAGUAUUUUCCAUUAAAAACUAAUUGCAACCAAA